AUGAGUGAGAAAGAGCGUGCAUUAAUUGCUAGAACACAUGAACAAUUCGGAACAUGUUUAACAGCUGAAAGAUUGAAAAACGACUUGGAAAAAUUAGGCGUUUCAUCUGGAAUGACAUUAUUGGUUCAUUGUUCAUUAUCGAAAAUUGGAUGGAUUUGUGGUGGACCUGUUACUCUUACACAAGUCUUACUAGAUUUGUUAGGUCCAGAUGGAACUCUUAUAAUGCCAUCUCAUACGUGUGAUAAUUCGGAUCCAAAAUAUUGGCAAUAUCCUCCAGUACCAUCUGAAUGGUUUGAUAUAAUUCGUCAAUCGACACCAGCUUAUCAACCUGAUAUAACACCAACACUUUAUAUGGGAAAAUUAGCUGAAACAUUUCGAAAAUGGCCAGGUGUUUUACGAAGCGAACAUCCUCAACAUUCUAUGAUUGCUUCUGGUCGUAAAGCAAAAUUAAUAAUUGAUAAGCAUUAUGAUUCAUGUAGUGAACAAUCUCCAUUAGCUCGUUUAUAUGAUUUAUAUGAUAAUGGUUAUGUUUUAUUAUUAGGUGUAGAACAUGAAAAUAAUACAUCAUUACAUUUAGCAGAAUAUCGUUUUUAUACAAGAAAUAAUAUUGAGAAAAAUUUUAUAAAUGGUGCAUCGGUUAUAAAUUCUCAAACAAAUAAACCUUAUUGGUUUCAAUGGAAUGAUUAUGAUUAUCAUUCAGAAGAUUUUAAUCAAAUUGGAUAUGCAUUUGAUUCUAUUCAAGGAAAUACUAAUAUAGGAAAAGUUGGACUUGCACAAUGUAGAUUGAUGAAGCAACAUUUAUUAGUCGAUUUUGCUAUUAACUGGAUGAAUCAAAACAGAAUGAAAUAA